AUGGUCCCAAUAUCCCCGUGGUGGUCGGGAUCGCAUUAUAUUCACAUCCGCAAUCCAAAUAAGAACGACGAACCGGCGAUCCCAACAGAUAAUAUUCAGGUUGCUGUCCAGGAGCUAAAGAAUGCGUGGAAGAAGGCGCAGUCCACGCAGAGUACAAUUCAGUCCGAGUAUUUAGAAGGAAUCGCACCAAAGGAUCUGGCCGACAGCGUGGCGCCGCCCGAGGAAGAGCCCACGGAUCCCGUGGAGCAGGGCGUGCGCCACAUUUGGGCCGCCAUGGAGCAGGUUGUGCGCAAGAGCCAGCGCGUGGUCCAGCACAGCGGCCAGGCAAUCUGCGUUGAAGCGAUCCGAUCCGAAAAGGGUCAAACGCCAUAUCGACCGUUGCAGGUUGUUUAUCGCGCGUACCCAGGCGCCACACGCAUGGACGAGUCCCCGUACGGCAUGACAGCACGGCAGCGCAAGAAAUGGCGGCAGUUAUGGCACCUCGCCACUACCCACCGGGAUAUUCCCGGCGAGCCGCAGGACAACGCAGCGUGGCGCAUGACCCCGAUCGAAGGCGCGUGUUUGGAGUUCUGCAUCGAGUUGCUAAACCAAAAGCAGCGUAGCCAUGAGUACGAGAGCGUGCUUGUGGCGCGCUUUAUAAUCGUCCAGAAAGCGCUUUGGUUGGAUCCGAAUCCCGAGGAGAUUAUCGCGGUGUGGCAGAAGAAGAGUAACUGCGUGCAGUGGGUGCUUGCCAGCGCCGACGACAAGCUGGAGGAUAUUUUAUUCGGACGAGGGAUAUUACAGUUAACAGGAGGAUCCCAUCGUUGCCCCCACAUCGCCCAUUACCAGCAGUAA